UAGUCAAACUACGGAAUUGCGUUCACAAAAUUUGCCUCUCCUGCUUUGAAAAUUACAUCGUAGACGUUAAGAACAGAAGACAGUCCAUGCAUCUCGAUUUAUCAAUGACGAUGACAAAGUGCUUUCAUUCUAGUUGUAAAAAGGAAGUUCCUACAGCAUGCCUUAGAGCAAUAAGUAUGGCAAUCAAAGGAGAGCCCAUUGCUGUUGUAAUGUACUUACAAUUCCCUAAAGGGAAAGGAAAAUGUUCUUUGUGUGACCAGGAAGAGGUGUAUAUUGAAUUAGCUAUCUGCAAACAUGGCGCAUGUAAAUCUUGCGUGAUGAAAAUGUACAACAAAUCAAAGAACGGGUUUGUUAAAUGUGAAUAUUGGCUUUGUGAUCAACGUGUUCCUGAGGUGUGUUUGAAAAGAGUUUUCAACGACCAAUUACUUCUUAAGAUUGAUACAAAUUACUUUGAUGAGAUAAGCAAGAAAGACGAUAUCACCAGAAAAGUUCAGAUCAAUCCAGAUGACAGUUUAGAUGUAGGCAGUUCAAAGGCACUCGAUGGUCAGCAUGAAACAGACCAUAUGGAGACAGAAAGAGUUAUUGAUUUGCUUUGUCCAUCAUAUGGAGAAAGACUGUCUUGCAGCUAUUGUUCCAGAAUGGCUGUCAUAAAGUUUUCUGAGUGUCGCCAUGGUUGGUGUUUACGAUGCCUCAAAUUCUUGACCAAAACUCAAAAAGAUGACAAAAUGCAUUGCAAAUAUUGCACAUCGUGUGGAAGCAUUGGAAAUGUUAGACGAUUCAUCAGAAACUGUGAAACAGAUGGAUUGUUGGUUCCUUCUUAUCUUAAACCAAUAAGUGGAACUACAUCAUGUUACCUUUGCAGAAAAAGAGAGGCAAUACUGGAAGGAACUGAAUGUGGACACAGGUUUUGUGAUUCCUGUUUGAACUUAAGCACCAGACUUCAAAUGAUGACUUCAAAGUGCCCAGCAUUGGGAUGCGAAUCUGUUGAAUAUUAUCAAGCAAAUGAAAAGAAAGGCAAACAAAUUGCAAUUCAACCAUCCAAGUGUGUUUGCUGCUCAAAAAUGGAGGCAGCUGAUCUGAUGACGGAAUGCGGCCAUGCUUCAUGUAAAAACUGUAUCCAAAGUAUAUUUCCUUGUCCAAUUAAAACCUGCAAAAGCUUCAUCGAUAGCGCAACCUCAGAAUUUUUGUCAAAACACAUAAUCAGCAAUAAGGGCAUGUUAUUUAUUGGUAAACAAGUUAAAACUCGAGAUGUCUGUUGUAUGUGUUCUGGGGAUCAAAAAGCAAGCAAGAGUGAAGAAGUUGUGCAGAUUCGAAGAUGCAAUCAUCUUAUUUGCACCAAUUGCUUAACAAAACUUAAAGAAAAGUGCAAGGGAACUGGAAUAUCUACUUGCCCUUCUGAUGGUUGCUUGGAAUUAUUCUUUAUACCCCAAAUGGCGCCAUCUCAAUUACAGACAGAAGAUUAUAUUGGAUCUGAAGAGAACAGCAAUCCAGCAGCCAUUUUGUAUGAAAAAGCAACCAGUUCUGGUGGUGCGAUGAAAGUCAUAGGGAAAGUGAAAAGCUACUUAUUCCCGUCCUUGAAAGUCGAUGAUUAUAGGGUCAAACAAAACGGAUUACCAAAUCUUGGUCUAAGUUGCUACAAAAACAGUGUCCUUCAGGUUCUAGCAGAAACUCCAAAUUUCUUUUCUAUGCUUAGAAGCAUGAAUACACAAAGUAAAGAAAAUUGGACAUUUACGCUCUCUGAAAUUCUUUGGCGAGUUUUGAAAGAGAGUUCGUCGAAACAAGAUAUCGAAGAUUGGCUUCUUAGAUUCCAGGUUGAAUUUGCAAGCAUCGACAAUUCAUUCGUGGAGUAUACACAGCAUGAUAGUCUAUCAUUUCUCACUAGUAUUUUGAGUGGAAUUACCGAUGAAGCUCUGAGGAGGGAAAAAGAAGGUUUGGAUAAGGUUAUUGAUCCGACUGACAUCUUUAGAGGUACAAUGCACGAUCAAUACACAUGCUGCAAUUGCAAAAAGAAAGAACAUCAUGGAGAAAGCACGUUUUUUUCAUUACCGUUACCAACCGUGAAAACUGACAAUCCAAAGAUUGGAGAAUGCUUGUACCAGUUUUUUGAUUCUGAAAUAAUUAAAGAUGUAUUCCCUUGUUCACACUGUAAACACCACACUGUACAAAAAGAAAUACAAAUUAAGAAGUAUCCUGAUGUUUUAGUUUUGCAGCUAGGAAUGAUAUAUGAGAACAUGGAUUAUUUCGAAAGGGUACAAAGAACUCCGAAGUUUUGGGAAACUUUUGCAGGACUUUCAAAUAAUAUUCAUCUUGGUAAAAUAAACAAAGAAGAAUUUUCGAAAUACAAAUUGUAUGGCGUGAUAGUCCAUAGUGGAGGAUUAACAGGUGGCCAUUACUACACUUACGUCAAAAAGAUGAACGAUGAGAAUUGGGAACGUCGAGAUGACAGUUAUGUUCGACAAGUGAAGCUAAAGGAGGUUCUUCUCAGUGAAGCAUAUAUUUUGUUUUACCACAAAAUUGAGAAAGCUUCUCCCGUGUAAUUAAAACAUACGUAUGUCGAUUUUUUUCCGUAUAACAAGGAUUUUACCGUGGUAUGCUCGAUAAAGACUAUAACAAAAUUGAUCUAAAGGUCAUUGAUCUUCCCUUCUCUCUCUCUCUCUCUCUCUCUCUCUCUCUCUCUCUCUCAUCGCCGAAAUAUGGCUGAAAUAUUGCCGACUCGGCGUUAAACAAUAAUAAUCAAUCUCUCUCUCUCUCUCUCUCUAAAUGUUAACGUAAAUUAUUUAUGUAAAACCAUAAUACCCAUCUACAAAAAAGUGGAAAUGAUUUUGGAUUUUUACAGUGAUGAGAAAGUUAAUUUUGGAUAAAAACAAACUUAGGACUAAAAUAUGAUAAGAAAACUUUGGUAGACAGUGAAUAUGGAUAGUACAUCGAAUUUAAACGUUAUUUCUUUUUUAUUUAGUCAAUGUUCAUGCUUAUUUUCUAUUUCAUCUUGUUUGUGACAACCACUUUUAUAGAAAAUAUGUAAUUUACUUACGAGCGUCACCUUCUUCCGAGAACUGCUACUUUUGGAUCUUUUGAAAUGUGCUUAUGUUUACUUCUUUCUUGAAUACCUGAUAAAUAAAGGUUGACAAAUCUAUAA